AUAAUGAUGUUCAUGUGCGGCCAGAACCGUCGCCAUAUUACUGGGAAUAACACACAAUUGUCUAUUGCCAUCAGUCAACGACAAUUUUGAAGAAUAAAAUGGUAAUUAUUCUUGCUGGAAAAAAAGUCUUGGAAAUAGCAAGGUUCAUGAAUAUACAUAGAUUAUGAUGCAAAAAGAGGAAGAAGAGGAGCAAGGCUUGAGUGAAAUAUACGUAACUGCACAGACUGAAGCUGAAGGCCAAUUAUGGACUCCAAAGUUCACUGCAUCAACACUUAAUGAAUCCACUUUCGUGAACAGGUCAACAGAAGAAGAUAUGGAGCGAGGUUCGGACGUGGUAGACAUAACUGUUAAGGCUGGUCAUGUGCCAGAAAAGGAAUCGAUUUCAGAACUCAGCGCAUCGCUUACAGAUUCUGCUUCAGAUUUUGAGGUGUCUUUGGAGUAUCCGGAAGCUCAGUUCGCACUGACAUGCUCGGUUUGUGAUUCGCCAUCAGAGCUUUUCUGUGAAGUUUGUAAAGUGCGUAUUUGCAAACUCUGUGUCACAGAACAUCUCAAGAAUAAAUCAAGAAAACACAAUGUGGUCGCGUACGAUGAACGAUCUGGAAAUAAGCCUUAUUGCCAUAAGCACCAGAACACAGAGAGUACAUACAGCUGCAAUAAAUGUGCAGUGUGUAUCUGCGACGACUGCACCAACACGUCUCACGUGCUACAUGACAAAGUUCUUAUAGAAGAACUGCUUGAGCGACAGACUACCAAACUGAUGCAAAAUUCGAUCGAGCUAAAAUCUGUUGUAAAACCUGCUUACCUUCAAAAGAUAGAGAACAUUAAAAUGAAAUUAAGCAAUGCGGUGAAAAUGUAUGAUGCCAUCGAUAAAGAUAUUUCUAUAUGCGGCGAAAAAUUGCAUCGAGAAGUUGACUUCGCCAUAGAGUCUUUGAGGUCAGAGGCAAGAAAAUUCAAAGACGACCAUCUUACUGAACUUGAGCAUGAGAUCUUAGUUUUGGAGACCAGGCUAAAGGAUGUAGAAGAAGCUCUGAAGAGAAGUGAAGAUAUUCUGUUGAGUCCUGGGGAAUUAUUAGAGUACUGUCCAAACAUGAAACCGCUAAAGACAAUGCCUGAAAUGGCAAAUUUCGAAAUGCCUAUUUUCACACCUGGCCAGGCACAUAUUACCAAGUCAGGUGUUGGUCAAUUGUCCAGUUUAAUAAAAUCAGCGUGUCCAUCUGUAGAAAUCAAAAGAAAAACUCCGAAGAAAUCCAAGAAAUUAAAGAGAAAAGCUACCCUUGAAGUUUCUGUUGCUGUGGGGGAGAGAUACGUGUACGAUGUUACCUGUGCCUCAGAAUCUUCUGUAUGGAUGUGUGGAGCAGGUCUCAUUUACUACGACAAUAACGUACGGCUGAUUGAGAAAGACGGGAAUAACACAGAGACUUUAGAAUGCCCCAUGAAUCCAAAAUAUAUUGCCUUGAAGUCUCCGGGGUGUGUCCUCUUUAGUGACCAUACCGACAACACUGUCAAACUCUGGUCACGAGAAGUACAGAUGGUUUUCAUCAAGACUGAGGACUGGACCCCGAAAGGACUGGUGGUCACUCUAUCAAGUGACGUCAUUGUCUGCCAAUAUAAGAAAACUGAGGCAGCUGCGGCACUGUCAAGAGUCGUGAGAUAUGAUGAAAAAGGCUCAGAGAUUCGAAAAAUGGAAUUCGAUAGAGAGAAACGGAUAUUUCGGAAUGCUGUCUUCGUUGCAGAAAACAGAAACUUUGAUAUCUGUGUAUCCGAUGAAGAUAAACAUUCAGUUGUCGUAAUGGACAAACUUGGCAAAUUACAGUUUGUCUACAAAGGCAACAUCAAAACUGGCAAGUAUCAAAGUUUUAACCCCAGGGGUAUCAGCACGGACAGCCAGUGCAAUAUUCUGGUCUCGGACUACUUGAAUUAUACAAUCCACGUCAUCGAUCAGCACGGAUCCUUCCUGAGCUACUUGCUGAGAAAGGAAGUGAAGUUUCCCAUGGGUCUCUCUGUCGACAAAAACGAUAAAGUUUGGGUGGGCGAAUAUUCAAAUGGAACAAUAAGUGUCAUUGAAUAUUUGGCGUAGAAAGCCUUGAGUAGAUUUUUGUUGAAGAGACAUAGACAACUGUUUUGAAGUAUUGAAAAGGUUACGGUUUCAUAUCUAAUUCCAUAUUUUUUUUUAUAAAUAUUAUAAUUUUUAAAUAUAUGUCUCAACUCUGUUUAUAAGUAAAGUAAGAUUUGUUUAUAAAUAAAAAUAACACCUGGUCAG